AUGACCCCAACAGUUGCAGUAGCCGGCGCUACGGGCUCCGUAGGCAAAACUCUCGUGGAACAGAUCCUGAAGGAGGAAAAGUUCUCUGUGAUUGCUCUCACACGAAGCGAAUAUGUUGAGUCGCCAAUCGGCAACGCCAAGUACGUGCAGGUAGACUAUAAUGACCAGGAAGCACUUGUACAAACGCUAGAGCGCCAUGAAGUACAAACGGUGAUCUGUGCCAUUGGCAUGUUGGGAGACGAAGGCUCCGAAGCUCAACUCAAGUUGAUCAAAGCUGCCGACCUUGCUAGCACAGUAGCAAGGUUCAUAACAAGCGAAUUCGGCUACUUUACAAGUGAAGAGAGAAAGGGGGUAGAUCCAGGCGUCAACUGGUUCCUGAAGGCCGCAGACCUCCUCAAGACCACCGGGCUGAUUUGGACUCGUCCGAUCUGUGGUGCACUCAUGGAUUUCAUAGGACUUCCAUACACGCGGUCGAACAUGCCCCGAAUGCAAAUAGUCCUUGAUGUCCUCCAUCGAGAAGCCUGUAUUCCGGGAGAUGGCAACGUGCCCAUAUCCAUGAUCUACAGUUUUGAUGCGGCGACGUUGGUUGCAAAGCUCUUAGAGGUCGAAGAAUGGUCGGAGCUCACCAUUUGCAACGGGGAUGAUACCACAUUGGCGGAGGUCCUGAGAAUAGCGGAGGAUAUCUGCGGUCGCAAGUUUGAUACCAAGUACUUAAAGGAGGAAGACAUUGCCAGUGCCAAUAUUCCUAUACUGAAGUUUCCCGAAGAGACCGGCAUUCAGCCAGAAGAGCUUCUGCACUACAGUGUUUUCUCAUAUCAGCUUUACCUCUCAAGAGCAUUCGAGCUACCAGCCGAGGGGCGAAUUGGAGAUCGUUUCCCAGGUUUCAAACCCAGGACUGCUCGGCAAUUUUUGGAAGAAACUUGGAGACCUCAUGUAUAG